CCUGCAUUUAUGGUACACAAAGCCGCGCCCAUAGAAUAAGUACGAGGGGAACAUAACCUAUAUGCCUAUACGAAUUUAUUGUUUAUCAACAAUCGAACGUUAUAAUGGAGAAAGAAGACGAAUUUUUGCACACGUUCUUUACGCACGUCUCCCAAAUGUGUUUUGAUAAAGCCCGCGAACACCUCGAAAAGGAAAAACAGCCGAAAACGCCUACCAAUCCCUGGACGACGUUCAUCAACGUGCUCCAGCAGCUCGCACUUGCGGAAAAAAGCUACAUGGACAUCGGCUUCUUGCAAAACAAACCCAAGAGUUUCCUCCGCAAGGAUAACUCGCUCAGGUCGGUCUACGAGUCUAUGAGAAAUGAUUUUAAGAAAAUUGACGACGGGUGCAGGCAAAUCCCCCAACUGAAGCGCCUCCAAAACUACUGUCGGAACACAAUGCAGUUUUUGACUGCGCGUAUCAGUUUGAUUGAUUUUUAUGAGAAAAUUUACAACUUGUGCAUGAGCAACAAGCACAUGUUCUACAAUGAGGUACUCAAAGGAAUUGAGUUCAUCAUAAAAAGCAACGUGUUGCAAUUUACAGACAUUAGUAUGACCCCGAUGAAAGCAGUAUUCGGUCUCGAGUGCGAGGUACUGCAGCAGUUGUUUGCGGCACUGCACGAGCUCCAGAGGUUGCAAUUUUUGCCCUCUUUGGCGCUGAUUCACGGCGCGCACACUAGAUUAGCCGCUUGGGAAAGCAAAAUGCAACGAGAGACCUGGAAACUCGGCAUCUUCAAAAAUAGCCCGCUGCCCGCCCUUUUCCAGUGGUUGCAGAAACUGAAAGGCGCGGUGCUGGGCAAAUUUAGCCUCUACUUUCACAACACUCUUGCUAAUCAGACUACGCCCAGUGAGAUGAGACAUUUGUGCGCGAAAUUACACGUGGAUUAUUAUCAGAGAAUGGUGACUUUUCAAAGAAAAUACGAUGCCGCUUGCGUCAUUUUAUUGUCGGAUAAUCAAGUAAAUUGUGAUACUACUGGCUACGACAGUUUUCCCAUAAUCGUAUCAUAUCCGCCAAGAAGUCCGCCUCAGCUGGAUACCAUUUUGAAAAUGAUAUCUGACGCGAGUGAUGUUUUAACCGUCAAUAAAUCCGUGACGAAAUUUAGUUCACAGGAUCAGUGUACCUACUGCCUGUCUAUGGUCGAGCCGAACAUAUAUUUCGUCAUUCUGUUCGAAUCAAAAAAGUCCGACAAGGAUAUCUGGAUUGGCAACUUUGUCAACGAAUUCUGCACCCAUUUGAGAUGCACCAAGAUAUUCCUCGCCCUUAAAAAUGUGUCAAAAUAAACGUAUGACCUUGUUUCUACUUUUAUUCACUAUGGUUUUCGCAUUAUGUCCUAUUUUCUGUGCGUUCAUCUUUUUGUGGUCUGUGGUCGCACGGAACAUCUCGGUUGGCCGUGAAUUCGAAAAGCUGAGU